AUGGAUAUUGCGAUAUCAAACCUUUUCAGCGAUCCAUUACAUCCUGCUUUGAUCAUAUCAAAAACACUAUCAGAGACUGAUAUCAAAGAAAACAUGAGAUUACCGAAACAAGAAAUUGAGUACGUGCUUGCGAUCAUGGGUGGUGUGACAGCUGAAGAAUUGCAAAUCGGUAAGAAAGUGAUAAUAUCCGACUUAGUGGAAGGUGAUCAAUACGAAGUUUUCUUAAAGUAUUCAGACACUAAAAAAAAAUACACCAUUGGGGAGGGCUGGGCUAAACUGAGAGAUUCGCUAGAUCUCGAAGAAGGCCAAACUCUGAAGCUCUACUGGUAUCAAGAUUUCAAGAUAUUCGUGAUUCUCAAUUUUCCUUAUAAUCUACUAGACUAG